AUGACUCAGCAGCUCACUACAAUUCUCUGGUAUUUGUGGAUUAAAAACAAUAAGAUCUGAGAUUUAACCUUCUUGAUCAAAAACUGUUGCUACUAUCUCAACAAUAAUGAACUGAUGGAUAUAUCAGGUGCUCUGAAACACUUACGUGCAUUACAGGUUCUGUUGCUUCACGACAACCAGUUAAAAAAACUUGUCAAAACAGUGAAGGAAUUGAAAGGAAUGAUGAGCUUGCAGGCCCUAAACCUAUUCCAUAACCCUCUGCUGCAAGAUCCAGACUCCUGGUUUUAUGUGAUCUACUUCCUUCCUUCAGUACAGCUCCUAGGAGAGGAAGCAGUUGCACAAAGAGAAAGGGAGUCAGCGCUUCAUCUUUAUAACUGCAAAAGGUCUUGUCUUGUGCAAUCAAUAGCUUUUGGAAAGAGAGUAAAUACCCCCCUGGAGACUACAGUGGGAUCCAGCCGAUGCACUCAACCAGCCAGAAGACUGAUGAUGCCCUCGG